UUCCGGGUAGUGCUGGCUCCCCACCCACGACAGCCUUCCCUCUUGAUUUCUGGGUAUUGUAGUCCACCUUGUUUCAGUUUCCCUGGUACGAGCUGCCCCUAGUUACUGCUACCUUCGCCACAAAAAACUACAAAACCCAGAAUAUUGCGCAAGUUUCCCUCGUCCAAUAGGAACGCCCCAUGUAGGUAGGCGCGGAGGCCGGCUCUAGCAACUCAAGAUGGCGGACGACAGUGAGACAGCAGUGAAGCCGCCGGCACCUCCGCUGCCGCAGAUGAUGGAAGGGAACGGAAACGGCCACGAACACUGCAGCGAUUGCGAGAACGAGGAGGACAACAGCUACAACCGGGGUGGUUUCAGUCCAGCCAACGACACUGGAGCCAAAAAGAAGAAAAAGAAACAAAAAAAGAAGAAAGAGAAAGGCAAUGAGACAGACUCAGCCCAGGAUCAGCCUGUGAAGAUGAACUCUUUGCCAGCAGAGAGGAUCCAGGAAAUACAGAAGGCCAUUGAACUUUUUUCAGUGGGUCAAGGACCUGCAAAAACCAUGGAGGAGGCUAGCAAGCGAAGCUACCAGUUCUGGGACACGCAGCCCGUCCCCAAACUGGGAGAAGUUGUGAACACACACGGUCCCGUGGAGCCUGACAAAGACAACAUCCGCCAGGAGCCCUACACCCUGCCCCAGGGCUUCACCUGGGACGCCUUGGACCUGGGGGACCGUGGUGUGCUGAAAGAACUAUACACCCUUCUGAAUGAGAAUUAUGUGGAAGAUGAUGACAACAUGUUCCGAUUUGAUUAUUCCCCAGAAUUUCUUUUGUGGGCUCUCCGGCCGCCUGGCUGGCUCCCCCAGUGGCACUGUGGGGUUCGAGUGGUCUCAAGUCGGAAACUGGUUGGGUUCAUCAGCGCCAUCCCAGCAAAUAUACAUAUCUAUGACACAGAAAAGAAGAUGGUGGAGAUCAACUUCCUCUGUGUUCACAAGAAGCUUCGCUCCAAAAGGGUGGCUCCAGUCCUGAUCCGUGAGAUAACCCGGAGGGUUCACCUGGAGGGCAUCUUCCAAGCUGUUUACACUGCCGGGGUAGUAUUACCAAAGCCUGUUGGCACCUGCAGGUACUGGCAUCGAUCCCUAAACCCACGGAAGCUGAUUGAAGUGAAGUUCUCCCACCUGAGCAGAAAUAUGACCAUGCAACGCACCAUGAAGCUCUACCGACUGCCAGAGACUCCCAAAACAGCUGGGCUUCGACCAAUGGAAAAAAAGGACAUUCCAGUAGUGCACCAGCUCCUCACCCGGUACCUGAAGCAGUUUCACCUCACGCCAGUCAUGAGCCAGGAGGAGGUGGAACACUGGUUCUACCCCCAGGAGAAUAUCAUUGAUACUUUUGUGGUGGAGAAUGCAAACGGUGAGGUGACCGAUUUCCUGAGCUUUUAUACACUUCCCUCCACCAUCAUGAACCAUCCAACCCACAAGAGUCUAAAGGCUGCUUAUUCUUUUUACAACGUUCACACCCAGACCCCUCUUCUAGACCUCAUGAGCGACGCCCUUGUUCUCGCCAAAAUGAAAGGGUUUGACGUGUUCAAUGCACUGGAUCUCAUGGAGAACAAAACCUUCCUGGAGAAGCUCAAGUUCGGCAUAGGGGAUGGCAACUUACAGUAUUAUCUUUACAAUUGGAAGUGCCCCAGCAUGGGAGCGGAGAAGGUUGGGCUGGUGUUACAGUAACCAAUUGCCAGUGAGAUUCUGGAUAAAGCCACUGAGAAUUCAAAGCAGGAAAUGGAACCCCACUUGGUCCAAUUUUUACAAACGGGAGAAUCCCUGGCAAAGGAAACAGAACUGAACCGGCUUUACCAAACCGCCACUGAACUUGACAAUUGUAUUGCAAUGGCGUAGGCUGCGUGAUGUCACCUCUGGCCGUGUCUCUGGUCUCCCUGUUUUCCAAUUAAUCACAUCGUUAUGCAGCCGUGAUCAAGGGAAUGUAACUGCUGAAAACUAGCUCGUGAUUGGCAUAUUAUGGAGUUAACGGGUGAAUAAUAAAAGUAUAUAUAUAUAUUAUAUAUAUAUAUAUAAAUAUUUUAAAUAUCUUUCAUGUUCCAAAUGUACAAGGAUGUUUGAUCUCUGAUGAAAAACUGAAUCCAGAUCAUUUUUCAAAUUAGAACCUAAGGACAGUGCCAGACAAACACAUAUUGGUACAGUGAACUGUUUCUUCUGAAAGCAGGCAUUGACUUUUCUCUGGGGAGCCGGAGAAAGAGGAUGUGGGAAAUCUUGUCCAGUUCCCUUCUGAAUCAGCUGGAAUGAUUGGCUUCGAGAAGGCAGGGUGAGACGGUGGGGCUGUGCUGAACUUUGGGGAGAGCUCAGCUCUCAUGGAACAGCGGGUGAUGUCCUAGCUGGGGCUGACCCGACUCGGGGGCUUUCUUACCGGGGCCAGGCCUCUUCUGUAUUCUGAACCUGGGCAGCGGGGAUGAUCUGUGGUAGCAGAUUUCAUGAAUCAAGGCCCUUCUCCCAGUCCUCUUGGCCUGCUCCCUGUAGGAAGUCAUCCUGCCAACUGAUUUUUAAAUCAGGACUCUUUAGCCAGCUGUUGCCAACCUUAUAGGGAUAAGUCCCCUGGGAGAUUGUAUUUUUCCACUGUCUAGGGUGACUGGCAGUUUGAAGGGGACCUUUGACCUCCUUGUAGCAUCUAGGACCUGGUGGAGACCACAUCAGUGCAAGCUCUGCUUAGCUCGUCUCAGAGCAAAGAGCCAGCACCCUGAUGCCCCCAGGGUGGUUGGGCAAGGAUGGUGAGGGGCCACACCCAGACCUCCAGCCACCAGCCACCAGCCCCCGGCCUGUGCCUUCCAACCCAUUAGCCAUCUCUUGUGCUCUUUUCCAAGAGCAUAGCCUGCAAAUAGCGGCAAGGAGUAGUAGAUUUCCUGUCGCCAUUGUCUGAGUCUGAUUUUCUCUGAUGAUGUUUUGUGGAUUUUUGUGGUGGUGGUGGUGAUAGUUACUGAUGCUGCCAGUUUCCCCCAAAAUAAUGGAGCCUCCGGUCACGUGGCUGUCCAUGUGGGCAUUCCUCAGUUGUACUCUGCUAAGUGGCUUGGGGAGGUUUGGGCUGUGGAAUUGUCAGCAGCCCACAUCCAGGCUUGUAUGUAACUUUUGCUUUAGGAGGAAGUGAUGGGUGGAUGGUGUGAUGUGUGGGCCAGGGGGUUUCCUGGCUGCUUGUAGAGGGAAGGAAGCCUUAGCCGGCAGGCCAGGCUCAGUCUGGUCCCACUAACUGAAGCCAUGCUCUGCGGGCCAAAAGGCCUGUGUUGCAGGCUAUAGGUUUUGGUGAGGUUUGCCAGAGGCUAAUUUUGCAGUCUCCCAGAGCUGCAGGAAAUUGUAUACUUGGGAUGGGGCUGUGCUGCCCCUGCCCCUGCCCCUGCAGGGAUGCUGCCCACUUUCUGCAGACUGCUGCCAGAGCCAGCAACACCACUGUAUUGGAUUUUCAUCAGAGGCCUCGAGGGUCCUCCCUUCUUCCCGUCGUCCCUGUGCUGCAAACUGUAGGCACCGAUGGUGGCUGACCUUUGACUCCUGGACUCCAAGAUACCCAGACCAAAGAAGCUGCUGUUCUUAGCAAGAUGUGCACUGCAUUCUGCAGAUGGCAGGAGUCGGAGAGGCAAGGCUUGCCUGUACAGCCUCACAGACAUCAGACAGCUCCCCAAGGCCCAGAGUAGCCUCCCUGUGCAGGCUUCUAAGGGUAUCAAAGAACAAAGUGCCCGACUCUCCUACCUUGGGUAGGAUCUGGAACUUGGAAAGGCUCCCUGUCAUAGGCUUGGUCAGCUCUGGGCCCAGGCCCAGCCUGAGCUGCCUCUGAGAUUUGAGGUGUACAACAGCCCUGGGAGUGAGCUUUGCCUUGGUUGGCCCCAGUCAUGGAAUGGAAACUGAGGCCUGUGUUUGCUCCGGAAGAAACAGAUCUCCUGGAGAGGCCCCAGUGUCUUCCUCAAAACUCAUGCCUGCUUCUUGGAGUCUGCUGUUGUCUUAUGGUGGGGACCCUGCUGGCCAUUAGCACCGCCACCCAGGUCUGCAGGAGUUGGUUUGGUGGCUGCUGUUAGUCUUUUUGUCCCAACGGUCCCUGAGUUCUUCACUCAACCCCUUCCAGGACUUCAGGUCAGAGAGCUCGGAGAGAACCACUGCUUGGGGUUGGGGGCCUCCCCACAAGGAGCCUUGACUGGCUUGAACCAAACCAGGGAAGGACCCCGGGGCCUCCAAGCUCAUUAGCCGGGACCUGCCUCAGGCAGCCGCUGUUGGAGGACCUCCUGGGCGUGGCCCUCACCCUCUGCUGCCAGUACUUACUGGCGCUGGGCUUUCAGACUCUGUGUUCCAGAUGUUUGCCUCCUGCCUUUGGAUUAACUCUGCAUUUGACCCGAGACCCUGUGGCACAUUCCCACGGCCUCCUGUCUCUGUAGGGAGAGAGCUGGGUAGAAAGGAGGCCCCAGCUCUGGACUGAGGUCUACAUAAGGGCUUGUUUCCCCAAUGCACGCCUACUUCUGAAGACACUGACAUCUGCUUUGAAGGCCAGCCCACACCAAGCCACUUUAACACCUAGGAUUAUGGAAAAUUUGAAGCCUUGCCUGCAACUCCAUUCUAACUGCCGUCGCUUACUUGCUGGCUCACUAAAGCCCAGGGUGGAUGUCCCCGUGGUCUUGAAAUAUUUGCCCAAAGAUGAUCAGCAUUUAACCAACCUAAGGGCUGGCCCAUAGGCCUGGAUAGCUUCAUAGAGUUGCAGCCUGGGAGAUGGUGACUGCCAGGCUGGCGAGCGAGGGCAGGGGCGUAUCUCUGGCCAGUGCCUCCUCACCCAAUCCUUUUUGUGGCCUGGCCUACCUGCCCCAGAACCAAAGGAGACCCAGGGCUUCAGUUUACUACUGUAAAGUGAAGGCAGACCUGCAAACACUGUCCCUAGGGAGGCUGUGGAGGAACUUUUCAUUCCUGACAAUUCAGUUCAGAAAUACUGACUGACUGCCAGCAGGGCGUCACAUCCGGGAACAG